AUGAAUUGUGAAUCUAUACCAUCUAUUACCUCCUUUGAACAUCUUUCGAAUGAACUUAUCUAUGAAAUUUUUGAUUAUCUGGAUUUUUACGAUAUUCAUAAAAGUUUUUUAAAUCUUAAUAUUCGCUUUUAUAAUCUUAUUAAUUCUUCGACAUUUCCUAUUAAAAUCAAUUUUUCAUCAAUAUCAAAAUCAAAUUUUCAACUUUACUAUGAACAUAUUAUUAUUCCUUAUCAAAAUCGAAUUACAUUACUUCAAUUAUCAAAUCGUUUUAUUCCAGAUCUUUUUUCUGUACGAUUUAAUAAUAUGAUUCAACUUCAAACAUUAGUUCUCAAAAAUAUUGAAUCAGAUUUUCUUGAAAACAUUUUUACUGAUUCAUUAUGUCUACCUUCACUCUCUUCAUUAGUUAUUAAACCGAUUGGUACUCUUUCAAACACCAAAAAUUUAUACCGUCAAAUAUUUCGUUUACCUGCACUAAAAUAUUGUAAUGUAACAUUCAACGAAGCUUCUAUUUUUGAACCGUUACCAUUUGCAACGAAUAAAGAAUUCAGCCCCAUCGAAAUAUUUCUUAUCAAUCAUGACUGUCGUAUUGAUCAACUCAAUGCUAUUUUAUCAUAUGUUCCUCAAAUUCGUCGUAUCUCAUGUAAUAUUCUGCCGGAAUUCAGAUAUCAUCAAAUAUCAUUACGAUCAUUGGAAUUAAAUAAUUUAACACAUCUUUCUCUUACAAUGAACCAUCUAUUAUUCGAUCCAAUUAAAUUAUUAAUUAAAAAUUUUUUUAAUUAUAUUCAAGUGUUUCAUAUCAUUACAAACGAUUCUUUAUCAUAUUCCGAUAUAAAUCAAUGGGAACAAAUAAUAUUAUCUUAUUUACCAAAUUUACAUAUUUUUUAUGUUAAGUUAUUAUCUGAUCAACCAAAAUACCUAUUUUGGUUUAAUCGUCAAUGGCAUAAUGAAGCAUUGGGAACAUUUUCUCGUAGUUUUUAUUCAAUACAAUCAAUUAAAUAUCAUUGGUUGCAGGAAAGAUUAUCUUCAGCUACGAAUAUAAAUAAUCAUUAUUCUGUUAGUCAUAUCUCUAUUCAUAAUGAGAUGGAAAUAAAUUGUGAUUUAAUUUAUUUUCCUAAUGUUACUAAACUAACUAUUUUUCCGUAUUCAAAUCGAACUUAUCAUUCGCUUUCAACUGUACUUGAUCAAAUCAUUCCUUUGAUACAACUGACGGAAUUAAUUAUAAAUUAUCCGAAAUUUUGUAUUGGAAAAUUAGUUGAAUUAUUAUAUUAUUCGCCAAAUAUUAGAACAUUAUUACUUCAUUCAAUUUCAUUUGAUAAAAUAAGUUCUGUAUCGAUACAAGAAAGUCAAACUUUCGAAAUAGUAUCGAAGAAGAACAGAAUUACAAAUAUUACCAUUACAGAAUAUGAUACAUUGGAAAAUGUGAAAUUACUCUGUAAUCUUUGUUCUCAAUUACAACAACUGACUAUUGGUUUAUCUCAAUCCUUAUUUCAAGAUUAUACAUCGCUAAAUUUAGGAUCACGAGAAUUUAUUUCUGUAUCGAUGUUUAUUGCUUUGUAA